UGGCGGGCGGAACACCAGAGAUCCAAAAAGAUCUCACAGAUCGCAGCAGCUGAUCGGGGGCACCGAAACGAAAGAGACGGCCGACGCCAGUUGAAGCGGGACGGCAGCUGUUUUCCCUUCUCCGUUCUCCGUUCUCUGUUUUUGUUUGAUCGCUUCUCGUUCCCUACCCCCCAUUUUUUUCGGUGUCUCUGGUUGCCCAGAAAAGUGGCACAGUGUGUCGGUGUCGUCGCAUUCAAAAUGUCACCAGCGAUCCAUUGGGUGACGGAGUAAGAGGGAAAACUCGCGGAGCCAAGGAAAAUUGGUUGGGUUAAUUGGGAAAUCCAAACGGGAACGGACAGUUUCUGGGAGCGGAUCGCCUCUAAAAAUAGCGAAACAUAAAAGAGAAAGAGCGAGAUUGCUGAACAAAAAAAAAAGCCAAAAAUAAUUGAAAGCGUGGGCAGCAUCCAAAGGAAAAGACAGUGAGCACGGGCUACAAGGGAUUCUGAGAGUUCUUAGGGAAUAAAAUCAAUUAAAGAAUAUAAACAAGUGAUUAAAAAUAUAUAUAAUAUAUAUUUUUGAAUAUAAAAAAGAGUAAUUACGAUGUAAACAGUGAAUUUUAUAAGCAAAACAUGAAUAACUUUUACUAUUUUGCAUAAAUAACUAAAUAAACAACCGACUGAUCUGCCCAUCGAGUGCCACCUGUACAGACAUAGUUGAGAUAAACAAUAAAUUGGCCAAAGGCCAAAGCAGCAGAGCGAAGAAGAAGCCAGAGAUCAUACCCGCCGGAGAAGGGGAAGAGCCAUCGGUUGAAGGCACAACCAGAAAGAGAAACGGACAACCAACAGGUGGAAGGAAGGAAGGAAGCAGAGACCCAGAAAAUAUAUAUCUAUAUAUACGAAGAUCCUUGGCCCAUGAGCUGCCAUGUCCCAGGCAGCUGAAGGCGAAGAGGAGGCCUUUCCCAACGGAGAGCCUCUGGAGGAGGAGGAGGAGGAUCCGCUGGCCAAUCUGCUCAGCCUGAAGCUAAAAAAGCCGCCGCACUGGAACUGGGAGCUGAGCACCUCCCGCAGCUGCAGCAACAUAGCCCUGCCCCGGAUCCUGCUCUACGAUCAUGCAGGCAACCUCCUGGUGGACGCCCAGGGUCUAAGGGAGGGGACCUACAGAUCAGAAGAGUCGCCGCGCCGUCGCAAGCGCUCGGCCACCUCAAAUCUGGAGAGGAAUUUCCAGGGACUGCACAUUGCCGAGGCCACGCCCACGCCCACAAUAACGCCCACGCCCAGCUCGAGCCGGGAGAGCGGGCGACGUCUGAAAACACACGGCAGCUGCAUUGACUUUAGCACCCACGAGCUGCCCAACUGGGAGCCCUCGUCCAGCUCACGGCGCUCUAGCUCUCUGCGUGGCGUUCGCUUCCAGGAGGAGGCGGUGGAGGAUCUGCCCACGCCCACGCCCACACCCACCUAUCCCACACCGCCCUCGACCUCUACACUGAACUCAUCCAGCUCGGGUCCCAGGGAGAAGAGACGCUACCGACGCUCGCACAGCUCCAUUUUGGAGCGAUUCAGUUUAUCCAAAGGCCGUCACUCUUCACCGGAGUUCGCCCAGGAGGAGGAGGUGGUGAAGGCGCCGCGCUACUACCUGCGCACCAGUAAGGCCGGCACGUUGGUCAUUCGCGAAGAGAGCUUCAGCUCGCAGCGUCUAAGGAACCGACGCCGUCGGCCGCCCAAGCACUCGUCCAGCGAGAAUAUCCUGCAGGAGCAGCGGGAGGAGCAGGAGCCGGCACAGUCGGAAGCUAGAGUCGUGCAGGCCGCGACGACACGGAGAAGAGCGUCAGAGAGACCAGUGUCCAGCUCGGAGGAGGAUGAGCAGCGGACUGGGGAACGGGAGCCACGCAGGUCGAGGGGCAGGCCAAGGAAUCAGGGCCAGAACAGUUGCGGCAAGGAUGCAGCUCAGGAGCUCAUCACCGUGGAUCCUGACAAUUGUGUUUAUCGAGCAGCGCCGGGCGCCACCGCUCGAUAGAAGAGAGAAAGAGAUCCCACAAAGACCAGAAGAAAGCCACAGAAGAAAGCCACAGAAUAAAGCCACAGAAGAAAGCCACAGAAGAAAGGCACAGCAGAAAGCCACAGAAGAAUUGGUCCUGAAGAAUAUACAAAGCGUCAGGGAAUGCAGGCAGUUCAAGAACAGACAGAAAUUAUACAGUUCCUCCUUGUGAUGUAAGACGAUAAAACAUGUGAAAAUAAAAACAAAAAUCUAAAAACCAGA